GGUGGAUUUAUGACUGAUCCGCAUCCAAUUAUCGAGCGACAAGUGUAAUGGGUUUUGAAAUUGUCGGACAAGCAUCUUUUCUUUCGUUUGCACGUUGACCGAAAGCACUCGAAAUCGAGUGUUGUUUGAGUUGGUAAAGUGGAGAUGAAGAGGAACGAACGAUCGCACGUCUUCGCCGUCGCCGUUGGCCGAGAUGGAAGAAAGAGAGGACGGAGAGGAGAAGAGCAGAGGAGGAAAGUUUCUUAUUUUGGCAAGAUAAAUUAAUAUUCUGUACUUUAUUUAUUAAUUAUAAUCCGUUACCAAUAAUAUGAAUCGAUUUGUCUUCGCGUUAAUGAAGCGGGUCGGAGGAAUGAGCUGUUUACUUCCGACGUCGGAUUCGGGCGGAUGCCGCAACGCAUUUUAGUUAUUGGAACCUUCUUAUUUGUUUCGAUUCGUCCGGAAGGGAAAUAGAUCAGACCGACAACGCGACGCGGUGCGAAAGGAAUUAAUUUCGGGAUUUGGGAAUCGGGGAGAGGAAGCAAGAGGGGGGAAGGAAGCGAUAAGAUCCUUUAACCAGCGAUGGCAUCUUCGUUAGAACAAUGGAUGAAAGAGUUCAACGAAGCAUCAAGGCUUUCUGAGGAAAUUAGUGUUAUGCUUUCUGAAAGGGGCUCUUUGCCUCCAUCUGGGCCUGAGACCCAACGCCAAUUGACUGCAAUGAGGAGGAAGAUAACAAUUCUCCGGACCAGACUGGAGAACUUGGAGUCGCUUCUUUCAAAGCUUCCUAGCUUACAGCCAAUAAAGGAUAAGGAAUUACACAAGCGCCAAGAGAUGCUAUCAAAUCUUAAAUCUAAAGCAAAUCAGAUGGCAUCCACGUUAAACAUGUCCAACUUCGGGAACAGGGAGAACUUGCUUGGAGAUGGUAAAAAACCAGUUGAUGUGGCAACAAUGGUCGCUGGGUUGGAUAAUCAGGGUAUUGUUGGUUUGCAGAGGCAGGUUAUGAGAGAGCAAGACCAGGGUCUUGAACAACUGGAGGAGACUGUGUUAAGCACCAAACAUAUUGCAUUAGCAGUUAAUGAAGAGCUGGAUCUGCACACAAGAUUAAUUGAUGAUCUGGACCAGCAAGUUGAUGUAACCGACUCAAGGUUACGGAGAGUUCAAAAGAGACUGGCAAUCCUCAACAAGCGCACAAAAGGUGGCUGUUCUUGCAAGUGUCUGCUCUUAUCGGUCAUCGCUAUUGUAGUUCUCAUUGUUGUAGUUUGGUCCCUCAUCAAGUACUUGUAAAAGGGCAUCAGGAAUGUAAUAAUGCUAUUUGCAAGUGUGCUACAAUUCUGCUAGUGUUCUCCCCAGAGGCACUUAAUCAUAUUUUUUUCUUCUUUA